AUGUCGGCCAACACUCGAGCAGCAAAGUCUCCAUCGCCACACGUAGUUGUCGCCUAUCGAGACGCCGAUGACGACGAGCAACACGACGAACAGCGUUCGUCACUGCUGCCUUCCAGCGGCUCGUCUGCUACGGCACUACCCACAGUUCUAUCGAAGCGGACAAGGUGUUGGAAGCGGCUGAUUCUGUGCGUCUCUGUACUUGCCGUGUGCGUGGGCAUAUUCGAGACGGUGUACCAGGGAAAGGAGGCGGAAUCCCUACAGGCGGCCAAAGCGAAGAUUAGCCAGCUGGAGCAGCAACUGAGCACCAAGCUCAGGGGCGGCUUUGACAGGGUGAUGGCGACGAUCGCCCACCCUACUCCCGCAGUACCGCCAGCUGAGGCGGAGAGUAGCAUCACCACAUCCGGCGAUGCAGCGCAUCACAAAGAUGCAGCGAUCGAAGCAGUAAAGAGCAGCUCCGUCAUCGUGCUGAAAACAGGUGCAUCGGUCUCAUUUGAACGGCUACCUGUCCAGCUCUUGCUCGCGCAGAGCGACAUCCACCCGUCCAUCCACCUUAGCGGCACACCGCACUACACCGGCCCCACGCUGCUCAUCUACUCGGAUGCCAGUACUCAACUUGGCACCUUCACGGUCCACGAUGCGUUCGUCAACGUCUCCACCUACGCUCGGAACAGCAAAGAGUUCGGCCCGCGCUACACGGAGCUGCACAGCAUGCUCGCCAGCAGCUUGGAGGAAGGGGGUGCGCGUGCCUCGGGGUUCACGCAAGGGUGGAACCUGGACAAGUGGAAGUUCCUCUACAUGUGGCAGGACGCGUAUCGGCGGCGGCCGGAUGCUGAGUGGUACAUUGGCUACGAAGCCGACACGUACGUGCUCUGGGACUCGCUGUUCCGCUUCCUCGCCGUGCAGGAUCCGCAGAAGGAGCAGCUGUUCGGAUGCGGAUACGUGCUGAUGACGAACCAGGAGACGUUCGCCAACGGCGGAUGUCCGUACGUUGUCUCUGGUGCGCUGAUGCGGAACACGUUUGGCAAAGACGCACAUUUUGCCGAGAGAUUCGAUAGCGUCGUCGAGAGGAGCUGUUGCGGCGAUGCAGAGCUGAGCAUCGCUCUGCGCAAGUCGGCGACGGUGCCACUGCAGGGGCUGGCGGAGGCAGGCGCGCGGUUCCAGCGCGAACCGCCGCGCGAGAUUCUGUACGACGAGGGCAACUGGUGCCAGCCCGUGUUUAGCUUCCACCACCUCUCGCCGGACCAGAUCACCGAGCUCUCGCGCAUCCAACGCCAGAUCCGCCGCUCGAAACCGCCCAACUCGACCAUCCUCUACUCGGACUGGUUCGACCACAUUUCCCCACACGCCCUCCAGGCCGCCUUGCACUCCCUCGAACCGAGUUCCACCAACAGCAGUGGCGGCGGCGCAAGUGGGCUAGUAGACCUGAAUCCCAGCAAGGCGAACUGGGAAGCGUUUGCACCUGGAGAUCGCGGCGUUGAGGUUGGAAGCCAGACCAACGACGCUGCGCAGUGCAAGCACCAGUGCAUUGACCGUCGGCAGUGUACGGCGUGGGUAUGGAGCAAAGUGGGCAAAACGGAUCCGGUCGGCAAGUGCCUUCUGAUGCUCGAUGUUGUGAGGAUAGGCCAUGCGUACGAGGGGAAUGGGAUGAGGACCAGCGGAUGGGUCGCCAAGCACAUUGUUGCCUUCAAGGCCGAGCACGAGUGCAAGGAUCCGCCUUCUGCUUGA